GUGCAAAGCACGACAUGACCAAGCCUUGGCCCCUGUACACCCCAUGCACCUGCACGGGCCCCUGCAAUGCUGAGUGCUCCUGCGCAAAGAGUAAGAAUUUCUGCGAGAAGUUCUGCGCGUGUGGCCCCACCUGCUCCAUCCGCUUCGUGGGCUGCGAGUGCAAGUCUGGAUGCACCACCAAAGCCUGCCCUUGCUAUGCAGCUGGGCAUGAGUGCGAUCCGGACGUAUGCACGGGCUGCACAAUCGGCUGCACCUGCAACAACAUGCGCCUGCGCUUCCGCCAGCACAAACGGGUGUGUAUGGGCAAGUCUGCCAUCGCGGGCUGGGGCAGCUUCCUCCUGGAGGGUGCCAACAAAGGGGAGCUGGUGGGGGAGUACACGGGAGAACUAGUCACGCAGACGGAAGCUGAUCGGCGCGGCAAGGCGUAUGACAGGGAUGACAACUCCUACCUCUUCAACCUGAACGAGGCAUGGGUCAUCGAUGCACGCCGCCAGGGCAACAAGCUUCGAUUUGCAAAUCACAGCAUUGACCCAAACUGCGCUGCCAAGAUCCUGAUGGUGGAUGGGGAUCACCGUGUGGGCAUCUUUGCAUGCAAGGACAUCGAACCAGGCACAGAACUGUUCUAUGACUACUGCUACUCGAAGGACCAAGCCCCAAUCUGGGCUUUGCUACUGACCAAGUGACAGGGUCAGGAUGCAAAUUCGGUUGAAGGCAAUGAUCUCUUGGUGGUUUCUGUGGACACCCUCACUGCUUAAACAUUGCGGUGUUCACAUAUAUCUUUUUAUACUUAAUUCCUUAAUCACGCAAGCCCCAGAAGCUGGACUGUUCAAAUACCGGCCAUGGUGGAUGCGAAAUAGAGAGCAAAGCUUCAUCGGUCUGUGAGACACCUCUCACAUGGUGGCCUUGAGUAAACCUCUCAAUAGGCUGGCUCCGAAGUUUCUGAUGACCGAGUCUGUUGCUUUAUGUAAUGUAUUAUACUUAUUAGCUUAUGCAGCUGUAGUGUGACAUAUUCACCUCCGACGGGGAUACGGCCGCUGGCGUGGCAAAGCCACAUUGUCUGCAUUUCUGAAGAUCUGCCCUGAUUUCUACAUCGUUGUAAAAUGGUAAGUCAC